UAUGAUCUAUAUUCGAUUGGUUAAUGACCGCUUCACGAAAACCAAUAAAUUUCGAAAAGCUCCAUAAACAACGGGAGUCUGUGUUGGCGAAGCAGCUUUCAUCAUUUCUACAGAAGGACGCUUUAGUCAGUCUCCAUAUCUCCUUACGUUUAAGCCGAAAUCCACAUUUAAACCUGGACGCAACCAAAAUGAAGUGUGUGGUAAUAGCAGUGCUUUUUGCUGUUCUUCUGCAUUACAGCAUAACUGUGCCGUUAAAUAAUAGAAAGCUGACAAGAAAAUUAAGGAUAGAAAUCAGUUCCAUCAGAAAUACUCUAAUAGACCAAGGCCUGAUUUCUCCUGACAGACAAUCUGGAUUCGUCUUGCUUGGUGAUGCGGAUACGAAAUAUUUUCAACGCCCUCAUGUCAACACAAAUCUUGUGAUUUCCAGAAAGAUAUAUAGAAGGAUAUAUGACAUGCGCAAUCAGUACGACAAUUUUCUAGCAGCUUUGCCUCUUAAUCCACAAACACACUCGGAGGAUAUUCUUCUUGACGAGUUCGCUCCUCGUCUCUACAAUGCAUACAGGGAUAGGCAUGGGCAUGCACCACAGUUUAUUUUGCUCUACUCCUACUAUGUGCCGUGUACACGAUGCACAGAAAGGAUACUAAACAUUAAACAGAGUUCGCCUUAUAGAAACAUGCGCUGGUUUGUUGCCUACACUAAUGAUAAUUAUGGGUACCCAGGGCAAGCGCAACAAAGUGUAAACCGCAUGGAGCAAAGCAGUAUCCACAUAAUUCGUGUCUAGAACAAUCAAACACAUAGACAAUAUUUGUAGUAUGUAAAACAUUUAAGCAUACCAUCUUUUUCUCUCUCGUUUCAUAAACUAAUAAUAAAAGAAUAUUUUUAAUCUGAAAAAUCUUUUUUAACAAUAGCAAUGACUCGUUCCGUUCGUUUUUUUAAAUCUGUCAUUAGAUUACCAAAAUUGUAUGAUUUGUGCUCCAAAAGGCAUUGUUGAUGUUUUAUUUACUUUCAUUUGUCUGACAUUGUUAAUUAAUUUAAUUAACAUUAUUUAUUGUAACAUAAAAGUUGUAUGCUUAUUUGAAAAGAAAUACGAGGCUUGCCAUUUCGUCAGCUUGACAAUGACAGUGCUUUUGUUUUUGUUUUUUAAAACCUCUUUUUGUUAAAGUGAGAUGACAAAAGAAGCUGCGGUCCUUGUUCACUACCGCUACAGGCGGUCUCUGUUGGACAUUAAAGCUUAUUUCUCGUCUGAUAUCAAAGACGGGCCGAUAAAUCGUUAUUGUAUCGAUAUCAAGUAACAUUUUGCUUAUUACACAUCUAUCUGUCACUAUAUUUACAUUUGUUGUCACACUUGCCUCUUUGGUCACAUUUUAGGAAGCCACAAGCUUUUUUUUCGAAAAGUUUCUUUUGAUUGCGCACGAUUCAACAUUUUAUUAAAGCAUUUUUGACUUUGCCUUACUAUUGUAUCAGCACUCUCCCUGUGUAUGUAAUUAAACUGGUGCUCAGUGCUCAUUGUACUAACUACACUCUAUCGGUAAAUGUGUUCAUUUGCUUUGAUGUUCUCAUCCAGUGUUAAUUUCUAAACAAGAAGCUUUGAUUACAGAUUAUUUUGUACACACACCAAUGCCUUAAAAUUUAAUCUACGACUUAACUGUCGAUUAAUCAAAAUAAAUACAAAUCUUUAAAAAAAAAUGUGGUUAUUGGUGUCUCUAUGUAAAUUGCAUUGUCAAAAUUACCUUCCCAGCUAAUUUUUUGACAGCGUUUCUGUGUUAAAAUUAUGAAUGUUACAUUUUAUGCAGUGAUGUUGUAUCACAUUGCAAAUGCUUAGUAUAUUGUACUGGAAUAAUAAAGAUAUUAUUACAUGCUUGUAUUGUCGACAUUGAUCUUUCUUACUGAUUAUUGUACAUGUUUAGUUGCUCUCUGUCAAAGACCUCAUGUCUCUUUUACUCUCUGUACAUUCCGUUUUCUUUCAGUAAAAAUUGAUAAAGCAAA